CGCUCCCUGCUUCGCUCCUGCAGGUUGGGACUCGGCCGGCGCAGCGCGGACCGUCCUCGCUCUCUCCGUCUCUCCGCGGACACAAACGGGCCAGAACGGGCCGGAGCGGCGGUGCAGGACAGCAGCCGUCGGGCAGACGGGCUUCACCCGGGAUUGGGGCGCGAUGCGCGGCGUGUGGGGCCGUUUAUUCUGCAGCAGCCAGUCCGACCUGGAUCUCUGUGUUUCCUCCUCCCGGCUGUUUCUGCUUUAUUUACCCCCAACUCACCUCAAUCCCUCUGAAUAACCUCCCCCCUGCACUCAUUCACCAGCUGGAGUACUUUUAAACUUGUCUGGAAGUUUUAUUUUAUUUAUUUUUGUUUUUUUUGGAGGGGAGGUUUAAAAAAAAAAAAAAAAAAAAGAAAAAAAGUUUUCUCCUUGUGAGGUUGAGGAUUUUUCCGGAGCCUGUGGAAAAAUGGAUGCGGGUAUAGAGAAGGAAUGCAGCGCCUUGGGAGGGCUCUUCCAGAUCGUCAUGAACGACAUGAAGGCCAGCUAUCCUACGUGGGAGGACUUCGUCACCAAAGGAACCAAGCUCCAAUCACAGCUCAGGACGACCAUCGCGGUGACGGGGGCUUUCCUGGACGCCUUUCAGAAGGUGGCGGACAUGGCGACCGGGACCAGAGGGGCCACCAAGGAGAUCGGCUCAGCGCUGACCAGGAUGUGCAUGAGACACCGCAGCAUCGAAUCCAAGCUCAAGCUGUUCACCACCGCUCUCUCCGAGAGCCUCAUCACGCCGCUGGAGCUGAAAAUGGAGGAGUGGAAGAAAGUGGCCAGUCAGCUGGACAAAGACCACGCCAAAGAGUACAAGAAGGCCCGAGCGGACAUCAAGAAGAAAUCCUCCGACACGGUGAAGCUGCAGAAGAAGGUGAAGAAAGGGAAGGACGAGGCGCGCUGCCAGCUGGACUCGGCCCUGCAGGACGUGAACGUCCGCUACGCCGUCCUGGAGGAGACGGAGAAGAGAGCCGUGUGCAGAGCUCUGGUGGAGGAACGAGGACGAUACUGCAGCUUCGUCAGCAUGCUGAGGCCCGUGCUGGACCAUGAGAUCAACAUGUUGGGGGAAGUGACUCACCUGCAGACGAUCCUGGCAGACCUGAGCAACCUGACGGCUGAACCAAACAAGCUGCCGCCGGCCAGCGAGCAGGUGAUCCUGGACCUGAAGGGUUCCGACUUCAACUACACCUACCAGACGCCCCCGGCCUCGCCCUGCAACACGCUGUCCAGGAAGAGCAGCAUCAGCAGCAACUAUCAGUCCGGAUCAGUGAGACACGUCCCCUCGUUGGACUCCAUCAGCUGCGCUGUGGACGGAGUCCACAUCCAGGACGGUGUCGGCGGCGGGCAGCUAGCUGCCGGGAUGAGCAGCACGACGGAGAACGGGCUGCUGGCCCCCCCACACAACUCCUACGGCCCCCACGGAGAGCGGGCCCGGGCCAUGUCGGCCUCCGGGAAGUCCUGCUCGGCCCGGGACCAGCUGGCCCUGACGCUGGGCGUGUCGAACUCGAGGAGCAGCAGGGACUCUCUGCACUGUUCCAGCGGCUACAGCACCCAGACCACCACCCCGUCCUGCUCCGAGGACACAAUCCACACACACACUGUAAGGAGAGAUCCUCCCCCCUACGUCGACUACGAAUCCAUCUCCCUCCACGGCGACGCUGACUCCAUCUCCUUCCACCAGCUGUCUCACGGCAGCAGCCAGUCGGACUUCGACAAGUCCUCCACCCUCCCCCGGAACUCGGACCUCCGGUUCCAGUUCCGGGAGUUGGUCCAGUCCCGGCGCCCGGCGUCCACCGUGAGCCUGCUGGCCGAGGCCGAGCUGGCCGCCGGCCACAUGCCGCCGCCGUCGCACACGGCCACCAUCCGCCGCAAGCCGUCGUCCAAGCCGGCGUACCGGCGGGGCACCAUCAGCGGGGGGGUCCCCAUCCCCAUCUGCACCCCGCAGGUCCCGCUCAAGGCCCAGCGGGGCGGCGCCGGCGGCAGCGAGGAGAACGUUUCCCCCGCCGGAGGGGUGGGCGGGCUGGGCCACAGCAAACUCUGCACCUCCACCCAGAGCCUGAGCGCUCUGUCCGCCUACUCGUCUCCGUACUACCAGCUGGUGCCGGGGCAGAUGCCCAUCCCCGUGCCGGUUCCCACGGUGCCCUCGCUGCCGCCGGAGGGGGGCAGCGUCAAGCAGCAGCAGCAGAGACAAUCCCUGCAGCAGCAGCAGCAGCACAUGCAGCAGAUGCAUCAACAUCAGCAGCUGCAAAUGCAGCAGCAGCAGCAGAUGCAAAUGCAAAUGCAUCAACAACAGCAGAUGCAGAUGCAGCAGCAUCACCAGCUGCAGAAACAUCCCAUGCAUCAACAUCAGCAGCAGCAGAUCAUGAAACAUCUGAACCACCAGCAGCAGCAGCUGCAGCAGCAGCAGAACCAGCAACCCCCGCUGCCCCAGCAGCAUCUGCAGGAUCUGUUUCAGCCUCCGGACGAGGAUCUGCAGCAUCUGAGCCAGCUGGAGAAGAGGAGGCUGCUUCAGCAGCAGCAGCAGCAGCACCAGGGCCAGUACCAGGGCCAGUACCAGGCCCAGUACCAGGUCCCCCCCCAGGGAGAGCCCUCCGGCCUCCAGGCCCCGCCCCCCUCGGGCCAGGACCAGAGCCCCGAGCGGGAGAGCCAGGACGGGGCGGGAGGAGGAGGAGGAGACAUGCUGAGACUCAUCCGGAGGGUUCAGCUCCGGAGGACUAUCACCGACGACCGCUCCGCCCCCGCGCUGCCGCCCCCGGCCAAUCACAAGUGAGGCCGGGGAGUCCUUAACGAGCUUCAGGUACGAGGGCGUCGGCGCCGGACCAAAACGGACUUCACAAACUUUGAUCGCUGGAACUAAAUUUUUACUUCCCUCAGAUUCUGCUUCCUCUCAGGCCGCCGAGCUUUUACCUUUUUGUUCACGUUUGAAUUAUGAUUAAUGUUUUUUUGCAUGACUGUUUCCGGCGGACCCGCGCGGCCGCUGAUCGUUUUUAGUUUUUACUUCCUGUUACCGGGUCGGAUGGGGGUUUUACCCAGACCCGGAGGCCGGUACUGCUUCUUAGAUCCUCGUUUGAUUUGAUUUCUCUGUCCCCGGCCCGACCCGGCGGGGCGGGGCUUGUUAUUGAUAAUCCCGGUAACUGCACGGCUCUGCGUGGUUGAACCACGUCGGGUGUUUUUUAUUUGGGCUGGUUGAGGCUUCGGCCUCAGGAAUGUCUUAAGCUGGAACCGCGUCAUCUCAAGACCGGGAACUCUGGAACCCAACGCUGACUUGAACAAGAAGAUUUGUAAAUGUUAUAAACUAAAGCGAGCUUUGGAGGAGCCGCGGAGGUAAAAUGUUUAGCUCCGCCCUCCUCCGACGGGUCACGGGUCGACCGGUGCCUUUACAGGGAAGCAGGAGGAACUUUAAUUUGAGACGACGCCGGUCAGAUUCCUGACGGACGAGGCGGCGGAGAAGCUUAGACGAACGACUCGGAGGCAGAUUCAGCGUUUGCAGAGGCGGCUUCAGCGGCACCGGACAACUUUAUUUAUUUAGAUGCUUUUCUACAUCAGGGGGGGAAGUUUUCACGUCAGGUGGAUUCACCGUCGGCCUCUGAGCAAGGCAGUUAUUUAAUCCUCUAGCACAAAAACAAACGUGUAAAUGGUCAGAAAGACGUGAUAAUCAGAAUCACUUAAACAUUUAACCGUCGCCACAUAUUCUGGGAUAGUGUUUGAUUUUUACAGUACGUUUUAUAAAGGAUUUUGAUAAACCGCAGACAAGAUAUAUAGAUCCACAUGAAACCAGCCACCCGGGUUCUGGUUCUGGUUCCUAAUCCUGGAUCUGUUUCAUUGAUGAGAGGAAAAGUUGAGUUUAAGUUUCCACUUUUACACAUUUUGACACUUUUUGAACACGUUUGCUGCAUUUUUCUGGUCCAGAAUCCUGUUUUUUUUAGUCCUGUUUGACGCUUCUGGCCAAUCAGAAGCCACCGUUUUACGUCUGGCAGGCCGUGAUUUUAGAUUAAAGUUAAUGGAGUCUCGUUGGGCCAAAAUAGCUGGUCCUGUUUUGGAUCCAAACGGGUUGAGACCGGUUCAGUUUUCAGCCUGAAGCCUGAUAUUUAUUUUAAUCGCUAAAACUAGGGCUUUGCAAUCAUUUUAGAUGUUUUCAGAGCAGCAUUUUCGUCUCUUUUUGUGCUAAUUGAUUAUCAGAAUGGGAGGUUUGUUCUCCUCCCGCGUCAGAACCAGAACCAGAGGAAGGUUAACUGCUCCUCCACCCGCCGCUGCCUCUGAUAAACGUGAAACUGCUCUCCAGGAGUCGCCCUCCGUUCUCAGCUGCACACACGUCCAGUUCGCUGUCCCAUUCUGGCAAAGCAUGCUGGGAGACGGUUCCUCUGCAGCCGGUCGAAGCUUCAUUACCUGGUUGAAGAUUUUCUUUUUGGUACGUUAGAGCUUUUCUGAUCAUCCGAUCGAUCGAUCGGACCCAAUGUCUGUAUAUAUUAGUGCUUCUUUUCCUGGGAGAUAAUUAAAUCUUUAUAUUAAAAUGUACGUACACAUAUCUCCAUUGUAUUUUUGUUGAUUUAUUGAUCUGAUC